UUAAAGUGCAGGAAAAUGGACAGGAGGAGACAUAUUGAUUGGAGGAAAGCUUUUUUUUGGAUAGUACCACUGGUCCAGAUUGCAAUGUUAACGUCAGCAACAAACGUUACUGAUAGUAGUCAGAAUGAAGACGUGACGUCAUAUGCUUGGAGUGCUUGGAGUUCUUGGAGCGCGUGUUCUCGGACCUGUGGAGGUGGUGUUGCGAUGCAGAAAAGACAGUGCUUGUCCAGAUCAAGUAAUCCAUCAAAUAACUCUGAAACUAUUUCCAUGAUUCGGGUGGCGAGACAUGUCCAGGACUGUCUCGGUCCGUCUAGAAGAUAUCACGAAUGCAACACAAAGCCAUGUCCAGGAGAAGAUAAAGACAUGCGAGCUGUUCAGUGCUCCAGUUAUGACAAGAGACCAUUUCGAGGAAGAUUCUACACUUGGAUCCCAUACAUCGAUGGUGAUUCACCCUGUAUUUUAAACUGUCGCCCCACUGGACAACAAUUCUAUGCAUCGCUCUCCCUAGUUCGGGACGGCACACCCUGUACGAAGCCAGGGUACAGAGCUAUUUGUGUACAGGGGACUUGUAAGGUGGUAGGUGGUGAGGUGCUGUCGGUGGUAGGUAGUCGCGAUGUUCGCUGCGGGCGGCGGCUGGUAUCCGGUCUGUUCGCACGGCCACGUCUACCACUCGGCUACUCCUAUGUUACCACCGUCCCCUCUGGCGCCUGUCGACUCAACGUCUCGGAGAUACUCGCCAGCGAUAAUUACAUCGCUUUGAAAAUAACGAAUGGUUCGUUUAUAAUGAACGGUGAAUUCGCCGUCAGUAGUCCUGGUACAUACGAGGCAGCUGGUGCAAGAUUCGUUUACAGCAGAAAAACAGGUCUAGAUUCAGUGUAUGCACUUGGACCUACCCACGAUUCUAUCGAUAUUAUGAUAUUAUACACUCAACCAAAUCCAAGUAUAAAAUACGAAUAUUUCACUGAAUCGUUGCCAGGUGAAGUUGAAACUGAAUCAUUGACAGUGUCCCCACCAGAACCAACUGUCGUACCCAAACAUUCGAGACGUCAUCACGGUAUAGAAUACGCUAAAGCAGGAGCCCGGCAUUUGGAUCCAGGAGUCAAAGAUAAAAACAACGUUGAGGAAAAUGUCGUAGCUGGAAGAAAAUUUGUAUGGAAGAUACUUGCGUAUACUCAGUGUUCUAGAAGCUGCGGUGGUGGUAUUCAGCUAGGAAAAUACAGGUGCGUAGAAGUAUCCUCUAGUGAUAGGGAGGUGUCCCCAGCACAUUGUUUGGGUUCCCCUCCGUCAGGUAGACGUCGUCGUUGUGGAACCAUUCCUUGCGCUCCGAGAUGGCGGGCCGCUAGCUGGUCUCCAUGCCCGUCCUGUGGACCAGCCACAAAGAAUAGGAUCGUUGGAUGUGUACAAGAUCAUUCAAGAGGAAUUACUAAGGUAAGCGAUCAAAAAUGUUUGGCUCCAAAACCGGCGACCACAGAAGAUUGUAACAUCCCAGAUUGUAAAAACCCUGGAAUACGGCACACAGAGGCGAAGCCCCAGGAACAUACAGAUGCCUUCCACGAUGGUUCAGUGUACACAGUCGAUGUUAAUACCACGGACACGGAACUUGGACCAGAAUAUAGUUUCACUUCCAUAAGAGGAUGGCUUUUCACCGAUUGGUCUGAGUGUGUAGGAUGGUGUGUAGGCGGUGGUUUGAAGACCAGGUCUGUUCGAUGUGGUGAUCCCUCAGGUUGUGCAGGACCCUCCCCGGAGACGUCUCAAGACUGUGUCCCUUCAGUGACAUGUGAACCCCACGAUGGCCGCUGGUUUGCAGGGGACUGGUCGAAGUGCUCGUCCCCUUGUGGGAAGCAGGUCCGAGUGGUGUUAUGUAUCGGAGGUACCGGAAGGCAUCUGAGGGACUCCGCCUGUAGGGACCCUCGGCCAGAACACGAGAGGAACUGCCCCGGAGAAUGCCCAGCGACGUGGUAUUACAGCGAAUGGGGUCAGUGUACAGGUAACUGUAGUAUUGGCCUGGGCGUCCAACGCCGAUGGGUGUCGUGUGUGAGGAGUGACGUCACCGUUAGCGAAACUGAGUGUACGACACCACCACCGACACCACACAGAUCCUGUACACCGUCAUGUAUACCACCAGAUCUCGUUAUAGAGUCUCAAAAAUCAACGAACGAUCAAACGACAAUGAAGCCGAGACCACAAACAGUUCCAUCGGGGAAAGACUGCGAGGACAAAUUGACGAACUGCGCUCUAGCCGUACAGGCGCGACUGUGCCAUUACAAAUACUACAUCCACAACUGCUGCGAUUCUUGUAAAUAAAUCGAUUUUAAUAUCGAUAAUCAAAAUCGAUUAUAUAACAAGUAUUACUAUCAAAUACAUGAACAAGAAUUAAAUGAAUUUGAUUUAUUUUAAGUAAUGUUAUUGUGGAUUGACUACCAAUAGCUGGUGUGAUAUUUAAAUGAAUUUUAUGAUAAAUAUCAUGAAUUAACUUUACAUUUAUUUUAUAAUAAUUAUUGAUAAUUUUUUGUACUGAUAAUGUAAAUAAAAUAAAAAUGCUUCAUUUAAAGUUGUAUAA